AUAAAUAGUUUGUUACUUGUUUGAUAUAGUAAAAGUGACAUAUUAAAGCCUUCAAAAUGAUGAACCAAUACAUAAAAGAGUUGGAGCAAGAUCCUUUCGACCCCGAUGAAUUUGUGGAGAGGAUGGUUCGGAGGAGCAUGCAGGAGUCGCGAUUGCAGGAUGAUCAGUUUGAUCCAGAAAUGAUUCAUGACAUUUUUACUCAAGCUAUCCAGGACCUGAAGGUUCUGCAAGAGAGGCAGGAGAGGAAAUGUGCAAGAUUAGAGCAAUCGGUUCAAGAGGAGGAGAAGUUAUAUGGUGCUAAAUUAGCUGAGAUCAUGGACCAACAUACGCAUUGCGUAGGAGUAUUCAGUACAUUGGAUGAGCGUAUGUCUCGGUGCGGAGGUCGUGCGCUCGACGUCGGUGAGAAGCUGGGUGCGGCGCGAGCGCCGCGAGCCCGGGCUGCGGCCGCGAGGGACUUGCUGUCACACCUCUCACACUUCUUGAGUCCAGGACCUGUUCUUAUUGAUCUGUUCAAUGAUGCAAGUAAGUUAAAUGAAGCAGCAGAUGUCAUUCAAAAACUUCAUACAAUCGCACAAGAACUACCUCCGGACAAGUUUGAGGUUGCUAAAAAGAAAAUAGAAGCGAAAUACGAUGAGAUCGAAAGAAACCUGAUUGAGGAGUUUGUAAAGGCACAGAACCAGGGCAACUUGGCUAAGAUGAAGGAAAUAGCUAAUAUUAUGACCAACUUUAAGGGGUACUCGCAGUGUGUGGAUGCUUUUAUUGAAACCAGUCAGAUGAACACGCUACUAGGAAAAGAUAUAUUCUCAGCUGUCUUGCCUCUAUGUAAGAAGAACUACACAAUCAUAAGCAGUGUGUUUCCCAACCCAGACCAAAUCAUGAGCAAGUUUGUCCUGAACAUCUUCCACUUGAAACUGCAGAAGUAUAUACAGACGAAGCUCGCUGAUAAGAAUGAUGUGGAAAAGUAUUUGAAGAACCUUUAUGAUAUGUAUACCAGUACACAACGCGUAUGCGACGAGUUGGUAACAGCUGGUCUAGUAUCCGCGGAAGGUAACACAACAACAGGCGACCUCCGCCGCGACGCGCUCGUCAACGGCGCAAUGGCGGGCGCCAACGACGGGUACGCGGCCAUGGAGACACGCAGACUGAAGGCCGUCUUGUCUAACGCGCUCAAUGUGUACUAUACCGAGAAGCAGCAUAUUAAGAAACAGAUACAGGGUGGUGGCUUCCAAGAACUGAGACGUGACUUGCAAGCGGUGAUAGGAACUCGCGCUAAUAUCAACAUAGCUCAGAUCGAGAACUACGGCGGGGAGACGUUCCUCAGUGAACAGCUCGUGCAGAAGAUGAUCAACGACGCUAAGACUUCCUUCACUAGAUGCAAGACUCUGUGCACUCCUACCGAGUUGCCGGGCACGACGGUGGCGCUGCUAGACGUGCUCAUCCAACACCUGCUGAUAGAGCACGUGGACUACGCGCUGGACCUCGGACUGCAGUCCAUACCGAUCGCCGAGAGCAAGUCACCGCCACAGAUUUAUUUCUUCGACAUCGUGAAGCAGGCUAACAAGAUCGUGCGAAUGUUUGAAGAACAUUAUCAAGAAUCUGUUCAGAUCUGCAUGAAUUCGACACAGAAACAAACUGACUGCCUGCAGAAAAAGAAUCAAAUAAUGGAACAGCUUGAGAACAAGCUGGACGCGGGGCUAGAGCGAGCUAUAGUGGCGAUAGUCAGCUGGGUCAAGCUGCAUCUUCAAACGGAACAGAAGAAGACGGACUUCAAGCCAGGGGACAUCGAUACUCUUGCCUCACCGGCAUGUCUCGCCGUCGUAUCCUACCUGAACAACGUGAUGGACAAGAUCCACGGCGGUCUCGACGGUGACAACCUCCACGCGGUUACUCUGGAGCUGGCUGUCAGGCUACACCGCGUCAUAUACGAACAUCUGCAUAACUACCAGUUCAAUUCCGCCGGUGCUAUGAUAGCAAUCUGUGACGUCAAAGAGUACCGCUCGGCGGCGUGUGGCCGGGGCGGCCGCGCGGCCCCUGCGCCCGCGCACGCCCUGUUCGACGCCCUGCACGCGCUCUGCAACCUGCUGCUCGUCAAGCCCGAAAACCUGCACCAGGUCUGCGAGGGAGAGACUCUUGCGGAAUUGGAUCAUUCAAUACUACACAACUUCAUACAACUGCGGGCAGACUACAAGACCCACAAACUAUCGAGCUUCCUCAAGGGACUGUCUUAAUAGCGUAAAUCGAUUAGUUCCUGGUUGAUCUAGCCAGUAAUAAAAAUAAACAGCCGUUACGUUCUAUGACUAUUUCGAAAAUUCGAAAAAAAACAUCAGAUGUGGAAAAAAAUUCGACAGCAAAUUAUACUCAUUACGAAUCAAUUUAUAUUCUUAUUUUAAAGGGGAUUUACAUUGCGUCUGGUGUUUCCAUAUUAAAAAUAUACCCUUUCUAUAGGCAACAGGCUUUUUGUUUUGCUUGAAUUUGGUCCAAAGUUUUUAUCAGGUGUUAUUUUUAGUCUACGUUUCGUUAUAAUAAUUAUAGUAUCUGUGAAGGAUAUAGGGAGCUAUUACUUACUCCAAUUAUUUUUUUCAAUGGAAACUUUAUGACUUUGAGAUAUCAUAAUAGAGCUCCUAAAAUAUCGGCCUUAAUACACAAACCAUCGACAGAAUUGUACCACCGCUUACCUACUGUUGAGAAUGGUCUCUAAGUAAUGUCAAAGACAAUUUAUACUUAAGUAUUUAUACUUGUAUUACAUAUCUAAGUGAUAUACCUAUAAUAUUGUUGCUUUGUAUAUUAGUAAUCAUUAUAAGUUUUAUAAGCAAUAAAAAUAUUUAGAAUGCUA